AAGCUUCCAAUCUCAGUUCGAUGCUUAUAAGAAAGUGAACAAGUUGUUUGCCGAUGUGGUUAACGAGCACUACGAGGAAGGGGAUGUGGUUUGGUGCCAUGAUUACCACCUAAUGUUUCUUCCAAAAUACCUAAAAGAAUGGAACAGUAAAAUGAAAGUCGGUUGGUUUCUGCAUACCCAUUUCCUUCUUCUGAAAUCCAUCGGACACUGCCAUCUCGAUUGGAGCUGCUGAGGUCUGCUGCUGAUUUAGUAGGCUUCCAUGUAUAUGACUAUGCAAGGCAUUUUGUUUGUGCUUGUACUCGUAUUCUCGGGUGCCCUCGAAGGAGUAGAGGAUUGAGGAAAGUUGACUUGCGUAGCUGUAUUUCCAGUAGGGAUUGAUCCUGAUAAUUUCAUUUGAGCUCUUGAACUCCCUCGAGUACAAAAUCUCAUGGAAGAACUGAAAGAGAGGUUUGCGGGUCUAAAGGUAAUGUUGGGCGUUGAUCAGCUUGAUAUGAUCGAGGGAAUACCACAAAAGAUUUUGGCAUUUGAAAAGUUUCUCAAGUAAAAUCCUGAUUCGGGUGAUAAGGUGGUUCUCCUGAAAAUUGCUGUCCCUACCAGGACAGAUGUUCCCAAGUAUAAAGAGCUUACAAGCCAAGUCCAUGAGAUUGUUGGACGCAUUAAUGGAAGAUUUGGUACCCUUACUGAUGCACCAAUACAUCAUCUGAUGUAGCUCUUGUGACAUCUUUGAGGGAUGGAAUGAACCUCGCCAGCUAUGAGUUUGUUGCUUGCCAAGCAUCCAACAAAGAUUUUGCUGGGGCUGCUCAGUCUCUUGGUGCUGGAGCUAUUCUGGUUAAUCCGUGGAAUGUCACUGGAGUUGCUGAUGAAAGAGAAAAGCGUCACCGCCAUAACUUCAUGCAUGUGACUUCACAUACAUCUCAAGAAUGGGCCACAUCGUUUGUAAGUGAACUUAAUGAAACCAUUGUUGAAGCUCAAUCGAGGACAAGACGAAUUCAACCAUCACUCCUGAUUGAAGUUGCGGUUGAUCGUUACACACGUUUGAAUAAUCAAUUGCACAUACUGGGAUUUAAUGCAACUUUAUCUGAACCACUGGAUACCCUUGGGAGGAAGGGCAGUCAAAUUAAUUGGAGCCAAAGUUACAUUCGGAUUUACGAGAACCAAUCAAUUAUGUGCUGUAAGAGGAAAUAUGAGUUCGGAAAACGAAUGUGUUAUAGGGAUGAAGGCAUACAUUUUUUUGAGCUGAAAUAUCCUUCAGAAGUCCCAGCUUCAGUAUCACCCCAAGAACCAACUUCAGUUGGGACAUCUGCUGCCGGAUCGAUUGCAGCUCACCUUAAGAGACAACAUUCGAUGUUGACUGUAGAAGGGAACAAGAGCUAUUCCUAGUCGCAGCUGUGUUUCAAUCAACGGUGGCUGAUCAAAUGUCGUUGCAGGAGGUUUCAGUCCAGACUUUGUUAACACCCUAAGUACCAGCACCAGUCGGGACAUCCAUUGUCAGAUCAGGGGCAGCUCACCUUAAGAAACAACGUUCGGUGUCGGCUAUACAAGGGAACAAGAGCUAUUCCAUAGUUCGAGUUUAUUCGAUUUCUUAUAUUUGAAUUUGAUUUUUUGUGUGGUUUUAUGUUCGAUAUUUGUGCUUUGAAUUAAAAAAAAUUAAUAUAAAAAUUUAAAAAUUAAGAGUGCUUGAAUUUAUUCAUUCAA